GGUAGUUUUUCGUUCUGUCUUUCUUUCCAUUUGAGGCUCAGUUCAUUGCCAUCGCCAUUGCCAUCACCUCAACAGUUUCGAGUUCACAAAGCUUUAUUCAUUUCAAAGACCAUUCGCAAUGGCAGAUUCCGAGGAUAUUCAGCCGCUCGUUUGCGAUAAUGGAACAGGGAUGGUCAAGGCUGGAUUUGCUGGAGACGAUGCUCCAAGGGCUGUAUUUCCUAGCAUCGUUGGACGCCCCAGACACACUGGCGUUAUGGUUGGUAUGGGCCAAAAGGAUGCCUAUGUUGGUGAUGAGGCUCAAUCGAAGAGAGGUAUUUUGACUUUAAAAUAUCCCAUUGAGCAUGGUAUAGUUAGCAAUUGGGAUGAUAUGGAAAAAAUUUGGCAUCACACUUUCUACAAUGAGCUUCGAGUUGCUCCAGAAGAGCAUCCAGUUCUGCUCACCGAAGCACCCCUGAAUCCCAAGGCGAAUAGAGAGAAAAUGACCCAAAUAAUGUUCGAGACUUUCAACGCCCCCGCUAUGUAUGUUGCUAUCCAGGCCGUCCUUUCCCUUUAUGCCAGUGGUCGCACAACUGGGAUUGUUAUGGAUUCUGGUGAUGGUGUCAGCCACACAGUUCCAAUCUACGAAGGUUAUGCUCUCCCACAUGCAAUCCUCCGUCUAGACCUGGCUGGCCGCGAUCUCACAGAUGCUCUAAUGAAAAUCCUGACUGAACGUGGUUACUCUUUCACCACCAGCGCGGAGCGUGAAAUUGUGAGAGAUAUGAAGGAGAAACUAGCUUACAUAGCCCUGGACUAUGAGCAAGAGCUAGAGACAUCAAAAACCAGCUCUUCUGUGGAGAAGAGCUAUGAACUACCAGAUGGACAGGUGAUCACCAUUGGAGCUGAAAGAUUCCGAUGCCCUGAAGUCCUCUUCCAGCCAUCCAUGAUUGGAAUGGAAGCAGCUGGUAUUCAUGAAACCACAUAUAACUCUAUCAUGAAAUGUGAUGUCGAUAUUAGAAAGGAUCUCUAUGGCAAUAUUGUCCUCAGUGGUGGUUCCACCAUGUUCACUGGCAUUGCUGACAGGAUGAGCAAGGAGAUCACUGCAUUGGCUCCUAGUAGCAUGAAGAUCAAAGUGGUAGCUCCACCUGAAAGAAAGUACAGUGUCUGGAUUGGCGGCUCUAUUUUAGCUUCCCUCAGCACUUUCCAACAGAUGUGGAUUGCUAAGGCGGAAUAUGAUGAAUCUGGGCCAUCAAUUGUCCACAGGAAAUGCUUCUGAUUUAUUGAAGUUAAAAAGGGGGAAAGGGAACUUAUACUAGACACAUGUUCCUUCCACAGAUGGAAGAGCUUUCUCAAGUGGUUGCUUAUUUUCCAUUAAUAUUUUUUUUUCUUUCCUUUUUUGUUCACCAUUCUUUGUUCUCAUGGUUAUUUCAUUUUGUUUUUUUUUUUUCUUUCGUUUUGCUGCUGGAACAUUGAACAUGGAAGCAAGCCACUCGCAUUCAAGGUUCGAUUUUUUUACCAUUACUCUUUUCUUGUAGAGAAAUUGUAUUAUCACUUAUUUGGAAGGAUUGAGUUGAAAUCAUUUUUUAAAGAAAUUAUCGUGUCAGAUUUAACAAUGAUCAAAAGAACUACUGCAUCAUGAGAAAUAAUACCCACUUAUCGACCGUAAGAAGUUUUUUUUAGUUCAAUAACAUUUGAAGGUUGAAAUUCGAACUUCUGAUAUUUGAUUGGGUGAGAUUUACCAUCAGAAAUAUGGCUGAUUGAACUCAAAUUUACAACCAUUAUCAACAAAGCUGAAACCCCAAAUUCAAUAAGUUUAUUCCAACUUCUGAAGCAGAACGGCUCCAGAUUCAGAUCAAAACGUGAAUCCCCGGCAUUUGUUUAUCUGAGUUAUGGCCAUAGAGAAUGAACAAAAAUAAAGAACCUCAAACUUUCUUCAUAAAAGGAAUUUGAGCAAAAAAAAA